CAAAGACAAUGUCUCCAAAAGAGAAAGGCAAGUUUGAAGACAUGGCCAAGCAAGACAAGUUGCGUUAUGAGCGGGAAAUGAAGAAUUACGUGCCUCCCAAGGGCCAGAAGAAGAAGCGAUUCAAGGACCCCAAUGCCCCCAAGAGACCACCGUCUGCAUUUUUCCUCUUCUGUGCAGAUUUUCGCCCAAAAAUAAAAAGUGAAAAUCCAGGCCUUUCCAUUGGGGACACAGCAAAGAAGUUGGGAGAGAUGUGGAACAGCUCAUCUGCGGAAGAAAAGCAGCCAUAUGAGAAGAAGGCUGCCAAGUUGAAGGAGAAAUAUGACAAGGUGAUAAUCCAAAAUGAUUAUCACCUUGUCAUAUUUUCCCCCCACAGGACUGACAGCGCGUGUCCAAUAAGAUACUCCAAGGAGUUGGCGGCAGCCAAUGUCCGACAGCCGGUGCCCAACACACAGAAUAAACACAGACGGAUUCUCGCAGCCGAAAGACCGCGCACUGACGGUGCUUUUCGUCCCAUUGUUUGA